CCGUUCUUUUAGGGUCCGUUCGUCUAUCGUCGUCGAUGAUGCUUCUCCUAUUCUUCCGCUCCGCCGCCGGUCACCUCCUCCGGCUUUCCUCGUCACCGUUUCCGAUCCUUUGCCGGAGCAGAAUCUCGAGAUCUACUUCGAAUAAACGCUUCUCUCUCUUCUUCUCUUCCUCUCCCAAGACCCUUCAAACCCACCUUAAACCCUGCUCGUCGUCUCCAGAGAAGAAUGCGUUUCUUUUCAAGGGCGAUGAGCGUGUGGCGGGGCUUGUUGAAUCGGCCGUCGAGAACGUUGACCGGUUUCAUAGUUCGAGCACGAUUGUGGCGAUUGUGACUCCAAUUGGUGGGCCACCUGGUGCGGUGGGAAUCGUGCGUAUGUCGGGACCUACAGCUGUGGAAGUCGCCGGCCGAGUGUUUCGGCCGAAGACGAAGAGGAGGAACAUGGGUCGGGUUCCGGGUCCGGGUUCUUGGCGACCUACGAGUCAUCUCGUGGAAUACGGUGUCGUCGUUGAUUCAAACGGCAAUGUCAUUGAUGAGGUUUUAGCAGUGGCAAUGUUGGCUCCGAGGUCAUAUACUCGUGAGGAUGUAGUUGAGCUCCAGUGUCAUGGGAGCGAAGUGUGUCUUCGUCGUGUUUUGAGGUCAUGUAUGGAAGCAGGAGCAAGGCUGGCAGAACCAGGAGAGUUCACACUCCGGGCCUUUCUCAAUGGUCGGUUAGACCUUUCCCAAGCUGAAAACGUGGAAAGACUUAUCUCGGCCAAGUCUACUGCUGCUGCUGAUGCUGCUUUGGAAGGGAUUCAGGGAGGGUUUUCGUCAAUGGUCAAAUCACUAAGAGCACAAUGUAUUGAGCUCCUUACUGAAAUCGAAGCUCGCUUAGAUUUUGAGGACGAGAUGCCUCCACUUGACAUAAAUGAAGUUGUCACCAAAAUAAACACCAUGUCUGAAGACGUAGAAAGCGCAUUAGAAACGGCAAAUUAUGACAAACUUCUUCAGAGCGGGUUGCAGAUAGCUAUCGUUGGCCGUCCUAAUGUCGGGAAAUCAAGUCUUCUAAACGCAUGGAGCAGGAGUGAGAGAGCCAUUGUUACGGAAAUUGCCGGAACCACUCGUGAUAUCGUGGAAAGCAAUGUUACCGUCCGUGGGGUACCUGUGACACUUCUUGACACAGCCGGCAUUAGAGAAACCAUUGACAUAGUUGAAAAAAUCGGAGUUGAGAGAUCUGAAGCGGUUGCAAAGGGUGCUGAUGUCGUAAUCAUGGUGGUGAGUGCUCUUGAUGGAUGGACUCAAGAAGACAGUGAACUUCUUCAUAAGAUCCAAUCUAACAAGAAACAGCCUAUGAUUCUCGCGAUCAACAAAAUUGACUGUGCUCCUUCUGUCGACUCUCAACUGAAAGAAGAUGUGAGAAAAAACAUGGUGGAAGCUAUCCAUAAGCAUGUCUUCACUUCUGCUGUCACAGGCCAAGGAAUCGAAGAGCUCGAAGUGGCUAUUCUUGAAAUUCUUGGUCUCGAUCGGAUUCCCACUGGUGGGCAUCGAUGGACUGUGAACCAGAGACAAUGCGAGCAGUUGGUACGGACAAGGGAGGCAUUAGUGAGGCUAAAGAGAGCGAUAAGAGACGAGAUGCCAACAGACUUCUGGACGAUAGAGUUGAGAGAGGCCGCUUUGGGGCUUUCUCAGAUAAGCGGUGAUGACGUUUCGGAAGAGGUCCUCUCCAGCAUUUUCAGCAACUUCUGCAUUGGCAAGUGAUAUACAUACACAUAUAUAUAUAUAUAUAUAUACACAAAUGUUGUAUUAGUCUCUAAUCAAUGUAUACAUGCGAAUGGAAUGAAUUAUUCGUAGUUAGGUAGUUAUUGGGCCCAGCCCAAUACAAUGGAAGUAACUGAUGAUUUUUGGGCUUAAUUUACGCGCGCGUGUGUAUGUAUUUUAAUAUUACGGUUUAAUGUUAACUAAGUCGCUUAA